AUGGAUCACUCGCGCGAUCCUUGCCCCUGGGUUGCCCUGAGCGACUUUGGCGGUGCCUUCUGCAUGGGUGCCAUUGGUGGUGCUGUGUGGCACGGUGUCAAGGGCUUCCGCAACAGCCCCUACGGUGAGCGCCGGAUAGGUGCUCUCACAGCCAUCAAGGCGCGCGCGCCCGUCCUGGGUGGUAACUUUGGUACUUGGGGUGGCCUUUUCAGUAUCUUCGAUUGCUCAAUCAAGGGUAUUAGAAAGAAGGAAGACCCUUAUAAUGCUAUCAUCGCCGGCUUCUUCACUGGUGGCUCCCUCGCUGUCCGUGGCGGUUUCAAGGCUGCCCGGAACUCCGCUAUUAUGUGUGCCGUCUUCCUCGCAGUGAUCGAGGGUGUCGGAGUUGGUUUCCAACGCAUGAUGGCCGAAAACACAAAGCUCGAGCUCCCUCCUCCUCCCCCGACUGAGCAGAAGGCUCUCGCUUAA